GUGGAGGGGAAAAAAGCAAAAAAAACCAUGUCAUUCUCUGAUUGGCCAUGUGCGGGCACGUAAAACCACACCAGCCUCAUCGGAGCAAAGAAUAGAGGCAUGCUAUCGGUAUUAGUGCUGGCGAAUCCAGCUAUUUCUCACUGUAGUGAAGUGCUGCUCAACUUUCCCGGCGAUCGAUACUGUUCGAAACCUUAAAGAUAACGGAUUACGGCCAACCGGACCGCCUUGUGCAAAGACACUCCGUGCACACAUUUUCAGCACGUUGGACAGCGCACGGCGCCGCAGAGGCGGUGCGCGGAUUCAACCGGUGGCUUUCAACGAGCAGAGUGAAGACCAGAGUGGACCGUUUGACUAAAUGCUGUACAAAAACUCUUUUUACGUCACAUGUCUGAUAGGAUUUUUCUGCUUUCUGCACUUGGACUAGUGUUUUUCUCGUUCUUCCUAAUACACGGUGUCUUUGUCGAUUCCAUCGUGUGGGAAGGCGUGCCGAGAGUGGCUGACUCUUGAAGCUGUGUGCUGAGUAGCGUGGAAUAGGUGACUGUCAGGCGGGAGGAGUGGUGUGGUGGUGCCUAAGAAACCUUCCCUUUAUAAGGAUGCUGGUGGGAAAUGCCUGGAGACAGAGAUGACGAGAUUUGUCAAAAGGCGCUCGAACUCUUGUCAGAUCUUUGUUCUAAGGGGGAAGUGCAGAAUGAAAACUGUCGGGAUUUUAUCUACUAUUUCCGAGAUCUCGCCAGACCACGCUACACGGAUUCAGACAUAUCUGUGAGUCUGCUGUCAUUGGUAGUGACUGCCUGUGGCUUGGCCCUCUUUGGGGUCUCCCUCUUUGUUUCAUGGAAGCUCUGCUGGAUACCAUGGAGGGAGCGUGGGCUUUCCCCCACCACCAAGGAAGCCCAUGGGCACCUCAACCCGACUAUGAGCCCUCUGCCAUCACAGUCUGCACCCAGGCAGCCAGUUUACACAGCUGUGGACCCCCCGAUGCACAACCGCCGUGAAUCAUCACAUUGUUCCAUGGCCAGAGAGCCUACUCCCGUGGCAUCUGUUGUUUCAGUGGAGGCUCCGGUGACUCCUGUAUCACCACCACCUGUGGUCAUGGCCACACCAGAGGCAGCUAUGAAGAUCAGCCACACAUCUCCAGAUAUACCACUGGAUGCCCAGAGUAAAAGCAGGGAAAAUGGAGUUCACACUAACCCCCGAAUGCAGAGACAGACCACUGAACCCCCACCUUCUGGAUGCUCAAUGUCUGAAAUAGGUCAAGGGUCCAUUCGUAGACACAUGAACCUCUCUAACCCAGACUUCAACGUGGCCCAGUUCCAAAGGCAGGACUCCCUCACCGGAAUGGGCCUGGGCCUGGGCCGCCUCAAACCCGAGCUCUACAAACAGCGCUCCCUUGAGGGGGACGAAGGAAGUCGAAGAGACGGAGGUUGUGGGCGCCUCCAUUUUAUCCUCAAAUAUGACUGUGAUCUAGAACAGUUAAUAGUUAAGAUCCACAAAGCAGAGGACCUCCCGGCCAAGGACUUCUCCGGUACCUCUGACCCUUAUGUUAAGAUCUACCUGUUGCCCGAUCGAAAGACCAAGCACCAGACAAAGGUGCACCGCAAGACACUCAACCCUGUGUUUGAUGAGGUCUUCCUGUUUCCUGUGGCAUACUCUGAGCUUCCUACACGAAAGCUACACUUCAGUGUCUAUGACUUCGACCGCUUUUCACGGCAUGACAUUAUUGGUCAAGUGGUGGUGGACAACUUCCUGGAUCUGGCAGAUUUCCCCAGGGAGACAAAACUCUGUCGAGACAUCCAGUAUGUCUCCUCGGAUAAUGUGGACCUUGGGGAUCUGAUGUUUUCACUUUGUUACUUGCCUACUGCGGGCAGACUGACCAUUACCAUGAUAAAGGCUCGCAACCUCAAGGCCAUGGAUAUCACUGGUGCAUCUGAUCCAUAUGUGAAAGUUUCACUGAUGUGUGACGGUCGCAGAUUGAAGAAGAGGAAGACAUCAACAAAGAGGAACACUCUGAAUCCAGUCUAUAAUGAGGCCAUUGUGUUUGAUGUCCCUCCAGAAAACAUAGAGCAGAUCAGCCUUUUGAUUGCUGUGAUGGAUUAUGACCGAGUAGGCCAUAAUGAGGUCAUUGGUGUGUGUCGAGUCGGCAAUGAUGCUGACAGCCUCGGUCGAGAUCACUGGAGUGAAAUGCUUACAUAUCCCCGAAAACCUGUCGCCCACUGGCAUCCUCUCGUUGAGUACCAGGGGACCACAGGUAGUAGCCAGGGAGGAUCCUGUAAUUCUCUGAAGACACCUCCUUCUCCGUAGCCAUGAGCAACAAUUCAAAUAAGCCGAAGGCUGUGCUAUAUGUACCUUUGGGCAGAUGUGAUACAGAAUUUUGCUCAUAUAUGGUCCUAGCAUAAAAAAAUAAACACAUGCAUUAAUACCUAUGGAAAAGAAAGACACAAACUGUCUUGAGCUCUGCUCUUUUGGAUCAGUUGCAUGUUGAAUGACUGCAAAGAUGGAUGUUUUUUUUCUAUGAUGUUCCAUAAGAAAAAGAACCAGCACAGGUAGAUAUUUUAGGUCUGAGCUGUUCCUGAGUUUAUAAACUCAUUGCUCUUUUUUAAUAGUCUUGUUACUUGUUUUAAUGAGAUGAGUCUCUGUAAUUGCACAAUGUACUUACAACCAGUUGAACUGCCAUACUGUUCUCUUUUUUUUGGUUGUGAAUUGGUGCAUGAGGUCAUGUUUUGAUGGGAUAUCUUCUACUUGUUUGUUGGUUUUUGUUUCUAUUUUUUUGAAUAGGAUGUAUUGUUCUGUCAGUUGAUGUGCAGUGACAGUUCAUUUUUAGGCAAAAUACCUGUAAGUAAAAGUAUGUUAAAUGUUACGAAUAAAAAUUAUU